AUGGUGAUGGUGGAGGAGACCCGUAAGGGGCCGUGGACGGAGCAGGAGGACCUGCGUCUGGUCUGCUUUGUGGGGCUUCUCGGAGACCGACGGUGGGACGCCAUAGCCAAAGUUUCAGGUUCGAGAGUUGAAGGUUCAAAUAUAAGAGAGAAUUCUGAAUACCCAUGUCGAGAAGGAAGACCAAGUAGGUUUUCCUGGGUUUUGUCGGGACCUCCCGUGGACUUACCCCCUCCCUGGUUCUGUUGCAGGUCUCAGGAGAUCAGGGAAGAGCUGCCGGUUGCGUUGGGUCAACUACCUACGCCCCGGCCUCAAGCGCGGCCGUAUGACCCCCCAGGAAGAGCGGCUAAUCGUUGACCUCCACGCUCGCUGGGGAAACAGGUUAGGAUUCUCCAUAAUUCCUUCUCCUUCUUCUGCCGUCAUCACUUAAAGAGAGAGAUGAGAGAGCUCCCGCUCUGUGCAGGUGGUCUCGGAUAGCGAAGAGACUGCCGGGGAGGACGGAUAACGAGAUCAAGAACUACUGGAGGACUCGCAUGAGGAAGACGGCGCAGGAGAAGGGGGCCGGCACCUCUUCCCCGAUACUUUCGUCGUCCUCCUCAGACAGUCCAGGAGAAGAGGACUCGCAUGAGCUGCAUGGCGGCGGCGGUGGCGCUCCGGUGACCCCGCUGGAUCAGACGUGGAACGAGACGGCACCGUUGGGGAGGAGCGAGUCAACGUUCAAGGAACCGUGGUGCUACUCCGGCGACUCUCUUUGGAAGAUUGAUGACGACGACAGCGACUUCGGCCUGGCUGUUCCCACCGUUGACUUCCCCGCCCCAGCUACUACCAUGGAGGGGAACCCUAAUCCUAUCCGUUUCCCAUUGCGGGGAUACUCUUCGUAG